AUGCUCUCCGGCCUACAGAAUCCGCGACAAGCGGCUGCUCAACUGCUCAACUUCGGGCUGAUCCUAUCUACGGCAUUCAUGAUGUGGAAAGGGCUCUCCAUCAUCUCCGACUCACCCAGCCCCAUCGUCGUUGUCCUCUCCGGGUCCAUGGAGCCCGCAUUCCAACGCGGUGACCUCCUGUUCCUCUGGAACCGCAACUUCCUUUCCGAGACCGACGUCGGCGAGGUGGUCGUCUACAACGUCAGGGACAAGGAUAUACCCAUCGUGCAUAGGGUGGUGCGCAAGUUCGGCACGGGCGAGCACGCGAAGCUGUUGACCAAGGGAGACAACAAUGCCGCCGACGACACGGAACUGUACGCUGUGGGCCAGGACUAUUUGGAGAGGAAGGACAUCAUCGGCAGCGUGUUUGGCUACAUUCCCUUCGUGGGCUAUGUGACCAUCAUGUUAAGUGAGCACCCGUGGUUGAAGACGGUCAUGCUGGGCAUAAUGGGUCUGCUCGUGGUCUUACAGCGGGAAUGA